UUUCACGCACGUGCCGGCUGAUCAUUUCUGUUUUCCCGGGAAAAAAGUCAUGUUUCGCGAAGAACUUAAUUUUCUCGAAAUUUAACACAGGUGACGAUAACCAUUUGACAGAAGUGUGAAACAGAGUUGAGCGAAAUGAGUAAUUUUCGCUCUCCCAUGAGAUGCAUAUCUCCCAACGCGAGAGUCUUAACACCCAAGCCCCAGGUACAGCAGCUGUUGGAUUUGAGACAAAUGCAAACCAAAGCUUACAACAGCAUUAUAUGGUUUUUUAUCAACAGCGCAUUGUUCAGCAUUAUUAUUUUUGAUAUAAUGUACAGUGCAUAUGCUUACAAAUCAGUUUACUGGAUCGAGUGUUGUUUAGUAUCGAUAUUUGCACUGAAUGCUUUGUAUCACAUUGUACAGUACACAUGCGCCACUCUGAGCUUGAAGUCGGUUGCUCUCAGUCCCAAACAACGUUCGCUUUUAGGAGUUCCGGAAGAUGAUCCUCUAUUCAAGGACGAAGUUCCUCAGAAACAAAAAACUCUGGAGCUCAACUCGUCAUUGAAUCUGUCGUUUAUAAAUCUGAGCAGACGUACAACAUCUGUUGGCUCGUCUGGUUUAAGUGAAAUCAAGGAUUAUUCAGCAUCAAGUCCGAUUUAUAAAUACAGUAGCCCAAUGUCUAAAUCAGUUAUAAGCUCCAACGGAUCUUAUAGUAAAUCUAUGAAUUCUUCGCUGAACGGCAGCCUAACAAAUGAGGAUUUAAUUCAGGAUGAAUGUGAAUUGGAAAGUUAUCUCAAGGAAGUGGAGCAACAAAGAAAAUGCGCAUUGUCCACAAAUGUGGAUCAACCUUCUAAUCUCUUGAGUUCCUUCUGGUCUCAUCCUGCUACCCGAGCUCCUGGUGAAGUAUCGCCACUAUUACGGAGAUGUGCUUAUCAACUUGCGCCUACUAUUGAUAAAACAAAGGCAACCAGUCCUGGUGCUGAAGAAAGAAAUUCUCCUAGAGGCACAUUUGGUGCGCUAGAUGUUUGGAGAAAAUACAGAGUUGAUUCAAAUAAGGUGAAUGAAUGGACUGCCAACCUUCGUAUGUGGAUCAGCACGACAGUUGUGGAACGUGUGGCUUUGGAAAUAGACAAUAUAUGCGUGGCAUUGGUACGUCAUGGUCUGAGCGACUCGCAGCCCGGUCACGUAGGAUUGGACAGACUCAGGAAACUCGCGCAAGCACCAUUUCUGGUAUCCGCCAUUCCCACUCUGCCCACGUUGGUUCCUUUUCUCGAAAUUUCCAACAAUCAAGAGUAUCUUGUAAAGAGAAUAAAGACUCUUGCAAAGGGAGGAUCGAUGAGCGAAUUCAAGUGGAACGGCGGCGGAUCUCACAAUGGCAAGGAAUGGGACUCGAGCCUGCCAACUGAUUCCGCGAUAAUCAUGCACCUGAUUGCGAUUUAUAUGGAUACGCAAUUGGAAGCGCCCUUGGAUCAACCAGAUGCCAGGCCGUUUACAUCAAGAUACAUGGCGAGAUCCGGCAUGGAACUGCCGCGAAACAAGGGUCCGAUAAUAGUUUGCCAAUCAGUAAACCCACCGCACUACAGCCUGGCGCUAUCUGGCGAUUCGCUGCCAAGUGAUUACGAAGAGGUUCAACGGGGACGCAACAAUCUGUUCCACACAUUUUUGCUUUUCUUGUACAUAGUCAAGACACGAGAUCACGGCAUGCUGGGACGCGUUAACGCAGGAUCUUCCGGAAUUAAUAUCUUAUGGGUGAUAGACGGCUAACAAAAACUAUUUUUUACUUAUUUAGCAAAAUUGAAAAGAAGAGAUAAAGCGACUGGUCGUUAUAGAUGAAUUGUAGCCUAUGUGUGUGUGUGUGUGUGUGUGUGUGUGUGUGUGCAUUAGAUGUGAACACUCACUUGUGUAAUAUUUCGAGAUUGAUUCUCUUGAUAUUUAACUUUGACAUCUCGUUUUUGUGUGUGUGUGUGUGUGUGUGUGUGUGUGUAUCGUGCUGGUUAAGCAAUCACACGAGUGAGGACCACAAUUUUUUAUUCGUUUUAUUUGCGGCUAUAUACAAAGACAUGCAGAGAUUACCGAUACAAGUGCUCCACUAAGUUUUAUUAUAUAUUCUUAUGUGCGCAUACAGUCUGUAUGUAUAUAACGUGUACUCUUCCUAUAUCAAAACCUCAGUGAUUCAAUGGUUUAAUGAAAAAUAUAUAUGUAUAUAUCUUUUUUAUA